AAAUCCAACCAAUUCCACUCCCUCUCUCUCUCAUCCACUCCAAAACAAAUCAAAAAUCAAGAAAACUGCCAAAAUCAUGCAUCAAUUCAAUCCCGAGGCCUCAAGCAGCUCAUGCUCCCCUCCCCAUUUCUGACGACACCGAUCACCCCCACCGCAAUAAUCACUCACACUCACAAAACCCCCAAUUUCCCCGAUUCUAGGUCUUCCGCUUAAUUAAUCCCCAAUUUGAGCAAAUUGUGCAACAUGGCUGUUUCCAGUGCAUUUGUGGGCGCAAAGCUCGAAGCUUUGCUGGUGAGGAACGCGGCGUCGCCGUCCGCAUCCGCCGCUCCUCGAGCCAGGCGAGCGGCGCUGAGCCGGAGGAAUUGGGGAAUGAUCAAGUGCCAGGCUGCGCCGGACGCCCUGGCGGCUCAAGCCGACGCGGCGGAGCCGACCAAUGCGGCUUCCUUCUCGGCCUCGGCUUCGAGCUUAUCGGCGCUCGAGCAGCUCAAGACCUCCGCCGCUGACAGAUACACAAAAGAAAGAAGCAGCAUUGUAGUGAUUGGUCUCAGCAUCCACACGGCGCCUGUUGAAAUGCGGGAGAAACUUGCUGUUCCUGAGGCUGAGUGGCCAAGAGCUAUAAGCGAGCUCUGUGGUUUGAAUCAUAUCGAAGAGGCUGCCGUUCUGAGUACUUGCAACAGAAUGGAAAUCUACGUGGUAGCUCUUUCUCGCCACCGAGGGGUUAAAGAAGUGACUGAUUGGAUGUCCAAGACUAGUGGAAUCCCAGCUUCGGAGAUCUGUGAGCAUCGUUUUCUACUUUAUGAUCAUGACGCGACUCAACACAUCUUUGAAGUGUCGGCUGGGCUGGAUUCCCUGGUAUUGGGUGAGGGUCAAAUCCUGGCUCAAGUGAAGCAAGUGGUUAAGGUCGGGCAGGGAGUAGUGGGCUUUGGACGGAACAUAAGUGGGCUCUUCAAACACGCGAUCACUGUGGGGAAGCGAGUUAGAACUGAGACGAACAUUGCAGCUGGUGCAGUAUCCGUGAGUUCAGCUGCGGUGGAGUUGGCUUUGAUGAAACUCCCCGAAGCCUCACAUUCCACUGCUCGGAUGCUAGUUGUUGGAGCGGGGAAGAUGGGAAAGCUGGUGAUCAAGCACUUGGCCGCCAAGGGCUGCACGAAGAUGGUGGUGGUGAAUCGAACUGAAGAAAGAGUUUCCGCCAUUCGUGAGGAGAUCAAGGAUGUUGAGAUCAUCUACAAACCCCUCACUGAGAUGCUAACCUGCACAGCAGAAGCAGAUGUGGUCUUCACAAGCACUGCAUCAGAGACUCCACUCUUUCUGAAAGAGCACGUCGUGGACCUCCCACCCGUUGGCUCAAACGUGGGGGGGUUGAGGCUGUUUGUCGACAUCUCUGUCCCAAGAAACGUGGGCGCAUGUGUCAACGAUCUCGAGACUGCACGUGUCUACAACGUGGAUGAUCUGAAGGAGGUUGUGGCAGCCAACAAAGAAGACCGCCUGCGUAAAGCAAUGGAAGCUCAGGCGAUCAUUGCAGAAGAGUCGGGUCAAUUUGAAGCCUGGCGCGAUUCACUGGAGACCGUCCCAACCAUCAAGAAAUUAAGGGCGUACGCUGAGAGAAUAAGAGGCGCGGAGCUGGAGAAGUGCUUGUCGAAAAUGGGAGACGACAUUCCAAAGAAGACGAGGAAGGCUGUUGACGAUCUCAGCAGAGGCAUCGUCAACAAGCUUCUGCACGGCCCAAUGCAGCACCUGAGGUGUGACGGGAGCGACAGCCGGACUCUGUCCGAGACGCUAGAGAACAUGCAUGCUCUGAACAGAAUGUUCAGCCUUGAGACUGAGAUUUCUGUUUUGGAACAGAAAAUAAGAGCCAAGGUGGAGCAAUCACAGAAUUAAGCUAUCUUCUAUGAUUAUUGCUUUCAGGCCUCAAUUGUGAUUAAUUUUUUUUGGUAUGAAUAUAUUAAAGGGAUUGGAUUUCUUGGAAAAUCUUUCCCUCUUUGAUGUUUAA